CGCAUGAAAUCGGUGUCAGACGUCAUAUGCGAGGCGCAAAUUUGGCCAGAGAUGCUUUGGGGUUGUGGGGCGAGAUUGUGGGCUUCCAACUCCUGUCGCAGAAUGGAGAGUGGGAGAGGUGGCUUUGCAAAAUGCCGCUUUGCCUGUAAUUAGGUAGAGGUCUUCCGUCGCUGACAACGAAGUAGACGUCUUUGUGUGCAACAAAGAAUGCUGGCUUAUCAGAGCAGCAGAUGGCGCUCCGUUUGUCUGUGCUUGGGUUCCACGUGCCGGCACCCUCUGUUAGGCUCCAGGCCCACUCUCACCCCACCUCCAUCCUUUUGUGCAUCUUCUUUUUACAUAUUUUAUGGUAUUUGUUUUUGGUUGAAUUUACUCUGCUAUCUUAUUUAUUCUAUCCAUUUUUAUUUGGUAACAAUAGGUCAGUUAGCCCUAACUCAAUCCCCAAUUUCUUCCUUGAUUUCUAGUGUUGGUAACACUAUUUCUGUUAAACUAGAUGAUACAAAUUAUGUCACUUGGAAUUUUCAAAUGGAGCUCUUGCUGCGUGGAAAUAGAAUUCUAGGGUUCAUCAAUGGUUCAUUCAAAUGCUCGCCUCAAUUCUUGGUCACGGAGGAUGGCUCUGUUCUUUUCGACGCAUUCACGAUUUGGACGAUUCAGGACACAUCACUCAUGACUUUGAUUACUGCGACGUUGUUGCCCUCGGCUAUUUCGUGUGUUAUAGGUUGCUCAACCUCUAACGCCAUGUGGGUCAAUCUUCGUGAACGAUUUGCAAGUGUUACUAGAGCAAGCAUUUUCCAAUUAUAGCCUGAUCUUCAGAAUAUCAAGAAAGGCUUGGAAACUAUUGAUCAAUAUGUUCAGAAAAUCAAGGAUGUUUGUGAUCAGCUUUCUGCUGUUGGCUUUGAAAUUCCAGAUGAUGAUACUGCCAUUUUGGUUCUCAAAGGCUUACCUUCUGAAUAUAAUACGGUCAAGGUUGUGAUUCGAGGUCGUGAUCAUGGUAUUUCUUUGAAAGAUCUUCGAUCUCAAUUGAAGGCCGAGGAGGCCACAAUUGAGGAAUCUACUCACAAUGUUCCAAUCAUGUCUGCUAUGGCUGUCGCGACUCAGAAUUCCUCAUGGGUCUGGUAUGAAUUCUGUUCCUUAUUCCCCUAUGCCUUACGGGUCUCAUAAUUCUUCCUAUGGAUUUCAAGAUGAAGGCAAAGGCAAGAUGUUCUAUAAUCAACAUGGCUACCCUAAUAGUUCACGCUUUUAUCCCAAGAAUCAGUCUUAUUCUAAUCCUCCUCAGCAAUUCUCCAAUUCUCCUCCUCAGUUUGGUAAUGGUGCUCAAUGUAUUCUUGGCUUGUUCCUCUUCACCCUCCACUGAGGUUUGGAUUGCUGAUACUGGUGCAACCAACCAUAUGACGACUGAAUUUGGGAAUUUGUCUGCUCCUACUUCAUAUAUUGGUUCUGAGACCAUUACUGCUGCAAAUGGACCAGGACAAGCGGACAGGGCAAAUUCUUUUCUUGGGCCUCAGUCAUAAUGGUCUCUAUCCUAUGCCUCUUCCUUCUUCUGUACAUACUGCCUUCCUAGGCCAAAAGAUUGCA